AUGGAACACACCGACCAAAUUCCUACAUUUGAAUCAUCACUGACAGAACCAGCAAGUAAGAUAAAUAGCAACUCUGACCAACUUACGAACUUACGAGAUAUUAAAUCACAGAAAACUUCAAACAAUCGCCCUUUUACGACAAGUUACGAAGACGAUACGAACAUAACGUACGUUGACGAAGAUUCAGCCGACAACGAACCAAAGUUAAAUUAUCAUCCGAUGAAAAAUGAAAUGCCAGCAACCUUUACGCAUAGGGAUGACAGAUUUGGUAGAAAUGCAGAGAAAAAUAGGCAGCAAUCAAAAAUGAAAUCUGAGUACAGCGAAGAAAUAAAGCUUUUAAAGAAUAUGCUACCAUUGUUGGCGAAAUACAAAAUUUUAAGUCUUGAUCAGGUUGAUAUGAAUAAUGAAAAACAUAAUAAUGAACAGUUUUUACUAUCUGGCAGAAAACUUGACAGAAAUGAGAAAAAUAAUGACAUGCAUAGUGAUAGCGAACACGUUUCGCUUUCGGGUAGAAAAACAAAACAAAAAAUGAUGAAUGAUGGCAAAUUUCCAGAUUUAUUUGCAGAAAAACAAGCGACAAAUAUAGACAAUAGGAAAAAUCAAAGAAGGCAAAACGAGCGAUCCAAAUUAAUUUUAAGCGAAAAAAUCAACACUCAGAAAAUUCCAAAUGGCAAAAGUGGUAAAGUUUUGCAAACAACUGCUAUUUUAAACAAUCAAAAUAAAGAACACAUGGCCUUUCCAAAACAAUCCGAAACAACAAUCCUAAGCGAAAACAUCAACACUGGUAAGAAUACCACUGUUCUUCAAGCAACACUUCACCAUACCAAAUUAACCAAUAAAGACGGCACCCUUGAAAUUCUUAACAAAAUACCAGCAAGUGACAAUUCAAGUAUCACCAAACCCAAAGUAAUUCACUCCAAAGCUGAAGCUAUCGGAGAAAUUUUUAAAGCACUGGGCAGCAACAACAGAAUCGUUAAAGAUGCCAAUGGUUUGUACCUGAUUUCUGGUAAACAUGUUAAAAUUAUUCAUCGCGCACAUGGGAAGCAUGUCAAGGAGAAAAAUUUGGAAACUUACAAAGAUAAGAAAAUUGGACUAUUGAGUAAAGCAAUCGGACCAUUUAAAACACCAGGGGAUCUGAACGACAAGGUUAAACCUACUGAUUUGGGGUUAAAGGAUUCUCGGGCUAGCUUGGUCCAAGAUAAAGAAAUACAACUAUCAAGUAAAACAGCUGAUAGAAAAAAAUCAUUUACAAAUCCAAGUGAAGAGAAGGAAAAGAUGAAAUCUAGUGAGUUGGGAUUAAUAAAAACAAAAUCACAGGCUCCAUUUUUGCAGAUAAAUUCAACGAAUUCAGACAGAAAUCAACAAGGAUUAAGUAAUGUUUUGAGUGGUAUGGAAAAGAAAUUUGGGCUGGACUUAUCAACUUAUAAUCUGAGAGAUCUCGAGUAUAAACUUCAAAGUAAUUCGAAGAGUAAAACCUCUACCAAAUUUAAAAAAACUACUGAAGGUUAUAAACCUGCUGGGGAAAGUCUUUGGAAGAAUGAACCCACUGAAGAUAGUGUACCAAACAAUAGUGUGUUUCCACCAAAAGAAAAUGGCAGUUCUUAUACGAAUGUGGAAAAUAGGAAUGAAAGGAAAAUUCAAUGGAAACUUAAUGGUGACUCUUAUACUAAUAGUACAGUGCCAAAUGAAGUAAACAAUAAAGUGCUUCCACUAAAAGAAAAUGAUAAUUCUCAUACAAAUAUAGAAAAUAAGAAUGAAAAUGAAAUUCAGGGGACGUUUAAUGAUGCUUAUAUCAACAGCACAGGACCAUUGAAUGCAGAUGGAAAGCCACUGAUGGGAAAUGAAUAUCUGUCUAAAGAUGACGAAACACAAGACUCGAAUCCAGUUACUUUUACAUCAAAAUUCAUGGACGAUGUUUCAAAUCUCACAAUCUUCCCACAAAACGAAAGCAGGAUUUCUGACUAUAGUUUCAAUAAAAGCUCGUCGAACGGAAUAAGCAGUACUAGUAGACCUUCGUUAGGCACGCCUUUGUCUAAAAAUAAAACAAAUAAACUAGAAUCAUUCUCUGAACAUGUACAUGGAAAAUCCCACGACAACUCAAGUGUUAGUGAUAAAAAGUCAAGUGAUGUCCAUAUAGAAGUCUUUGAUGAAGCCAAGGGAGAUAAAAAUAAAGGAACUUAUCAAACGUCAACCGAUGUCAAACAGGAUUCGGAAAGUGUGGAAGUUAUCGACGAAGGAGAGUCAAGCCAACCUGCUGUAAAAAUAACGCCUGGAGAUUUAAGCUCGGCAUUACAAGAUAAAUUUGGUAAAGGGAUUGAUAGAGUUGGCUCUGACAAUAACUGGGCAGCAGAGAAAGGGACUAAGUUACCAAAAAUUACAGAAGCAAGCAAGUCAAGUCAAUGGACUGAAAAGAUUGAUGGAGUUGGGUUUUAUAGUAACUCGGAAUCGAAAAAGAAGGCUCAAUCAGCAGAAUCUACAACAAAAGCAACUGCGACUGAGGAAUCAAAAGUCCUAAUGUCAUUAGAAAAAGAGGCUAAAUUGCCAGAAAGUACAAAAGUAGCAACAGGGAAGAACGAAUCAAAAUCGGCAACAUCUGGUCCAACGUGGAGUGUGAAUGUUGUAGGUAAUGUUGCCAAGCCGCAGGAAGAGAUUUUGGGAAGAUCUAAUCGAUCAGAAACAAGGAAAAUUACCACAGAACGUUUGAGUUCCAAUAGAGGAAAUACGAGCACUCAAGGUAAAAGUAGAAACUCAAGUGUACAAAGGAAUACCGAAAGUUUACUUGGAAGAAACUCUGGCAACGGAGAACUUCAAAAUGUACUCUGGGUUAAUGACCAUCAUCUAGGUACAAGUGAAGAGAAAAUGGGCCCUCAAGGUACAAGUAGAAACACGAAUGUCAAACCAAGAAAUAAAGACAACUCACUUGGGAUAAGCAGGGGUAACGGCGUACCUCAAAGGACAAGUAUGAACAACCAAGGUGAGCUAGGGACAUCUAGGCUUACCAAUGGAUCUAGUGAACCAAUGAUUCCGAAGAGAGUUGUGGACGCUCUACUGUUGAGUCUUACCCAAAAGUCACAGGGAAGAAAUUCCGAAACUAAUAAAAUAAACAACCAAGAAAAAUUCACAACGAAAAAGUUGAAAGGGAACUCAGCUCAUGCAAAGUUGCCUAAAGAAGCGUCUGAAAAUAAUAUAAUUACUGAAGAUAGUAACCAUAUACCUAUAGACACCAAACAAAAAGUCGGUCCCUCCAAAAUACCCUACAUAAAAACAACUUCAACUGCAGAGAACACUAACUUGGAUAAUUUACUGGAAAAAUUCGUAGGACUGCUUUCCAGACACAUGAGACCGGUUAAAACAGAAAAACCCAAAAUAAAAGUCAAGUCACAUCAAAAACAUAAUAUCUUACGUGCAAUACCUUUAUUAAAAUACCAAGAGAAAUUGUUAUGGGACGAACAACGAAAAUUAGAACAUCAAUUAGCUAUGAAACAAAAAGUUUUGGAGGAAAGUGAAUUAAAUGAAAAUUUGGGAAGUAGUAGAACGCCCCCAACAAACGUUGAAGUCAAUCUUAAGAAGAAAAUUCAUGAGUUGAGUGAAGAGAAAAAUUUCUUGUUGAAAAAGUUAAAAAUGCUAAGCUUUCAAGAAAAAUAUAAAACCGGUAUGGGUAAUGUAUAUAAUGAUAAGUUAAUGACACCCAAUCAGGAAACAAUCUUGACAGAAGUUUAUAACGAUUCAAACCAAAAGAGUGGCACCGCUCCUUAUAUGGGUUCGCAUGUUACCUAUAAUGUUGUGAACGACCGAGGUUUGAAUAAAGAACAUGCGUCUGAAUCCGAGCUUCAACAGGCAGAUGAACAGCUAAAUCAAUUACUCGCAGAGUACGAAGCUACGAUUGGCUCGCCCAAUGGUCAUACUACGGACACAUCCGACCGUACAGCGAACGACCCCGAAGGUCACACGAGUGCAACCUCUGGUAAACAUGUGUUGCAAUUUUCAGAGCCAGUUACAGUAGCCGGACCAGGCGAACAUUCGAUGGAGGAUAAAAAACAUGAUGUCGUUGGGUUGGGGAAACCUAACAGAGACCCGGAGAUAAACAGCAAUACGCAGGAAAUAAAUAAAGUCACAUCAACAAACAUAAGAGAUUUUGACAAUAUACCGCGCAAUACCGCUGAUCAAAUCUCCGCCACAAAAAGUUUCACCGCGGGCGCAUCCGAGGAUCGACCCCGUAUAUCAACAGAAUAUCCUAUAUAUCAACAUACGUCCGAUUAUAUCCACAUGCAUCCAUAUGGAACCCAAGAUGUACCAUACCAGCACACAACAAAUCCUACUUCAAGCACACCUAGCUAUCCUACACCGUCCUUUAUAAACAAGGAAGCUGAUUACGCCUCAGACACCGUACAAAAGUUCGCGGAUCCGUUCACAAAAUCACAGGAUGACAGCAAUUUGAACCAACGUAGUAUGACGAACAGUAAAUCAGGCUACAAUGGCAAGGGUAGUCAAGGGGUACAAGGGGUGAACAAUGUAUUCCCAGGGACAUACAGUUACGGUGAGGAACACGAGAGUACACGAAGUCUUCCAAACUGGAGACAAGAAGAUGCAAACUUAUUGAAAGAAAUGCCGGAAUAUUCAGAAAAUGCUAAUACUAUUGAAAGCGAAACACAACCAGAACACUAUACUGUGCUUACAACUGAACAGGAUUCGGCUGCCAAGGUAAAACUGCAGGACAGAAAUACAGCAGCUUCAGAUGGUGAAAUUAAACCGCAGAUCACAAAUACUGUAAUCGGGGCUCAAGAAUUAAGGACUGGGGCUGAAGCAUUCCAGCAACCAAUGGGAAGCCAGCAUGAAAGAACCUCGCAAAGCUCUAAUAUUUUGGGCUUGCAUGUGAACGCAGAGCGAAAUUUCUGGCCUAGGACCGAGGGAAUGAAGCAACCAAAUUCGCUGGUUGAUGGUACAAAUUCCAAGCUACAUCCGCAGACCUCUGAUAUCGUGGAACCAAAUAACGAGAGAGAACCUCGGUACGAGUUGAGAAAUUCUCUAAGAGAAAAGAAUAAUAGAUUCGCGUUUGAAAAUUCGGAAUCUCAGCAACCCGAAGUAAAUCAAAUUGGAGAUAUACAUAGUAAUGUACAGGCAGGACGCUAUAAUACGCUUAUAUCAGGAAAGAAACCUGACGAACUCUACCCGCACGCCACAAGUACAGCGGUCUCAAAAAAUGACGAUGAUGAUGGAGAAGAGUCACAUGAUCUCCAGGAAAGCUCUCAACAACCAAUAGGAAGUGAAGUUGAUGGAGCUUUCGAAGUUGUGCAGGGAGGGGCAGUGCCGACGUUGCGAAGAAACACGGAUAACCCAGAAGAUGGUGUACAAGAUAAAACGUACAUCAACGGCGAUGAAUAUCAUUUGCAGAAGAAAUAUGGAAUAGCGAAAAGAGAGAAGAGGAAACAUGUUUAA